GGGGCUUGCGCAGCCGCCGGGACCCCUACGCGCACCGCCUCUGAACCUUAGCCACCGCGCGCCUCCGCCGCCGACACGCACUUCCUGCGGGGCCUCCGUGCGCACCUCAGCCGAGCCGGACCCAGCUGAGCCCAGCCCUGCCCUUGCAAGCUGUUCGUCAUGGUGGACGAGCUGGUGCUGCUGCUGCACGCUCUCCUGAUGCGGCACCGAGCCUUGAGCAUCGAGAACAGCCAGCUCAUGGAACAGCUGCGGCUGCUGGUGUGCGAGAGGGCCACCCUACUGCGCCAGGUACGUCCGCCGAGCUGCCCGGUGCCCUUCCCCGAAACGUUUAACGGCGAGAGCUCCCGGCUCCCCGAGUUUAUCGUGCAGACGGCUUCUUACAUGCUCGUCAACGAGAACCGAUUCUGCAACGACGCCAUGAAGGUGGCAUUCCUAAUCAGCCUGCUCACCGGGGAAGCCGAGGAGUGGGUGGUGCCCUACAUUGAGAUGGAUAGCCCCAUCCUAGGUGACUACCGGGCAUUCCUUGAUGAGAUGAAACAGUGUUUUGGCUGGGAUGACGACGAAGAAGACGACUACGAAGAUGAAGAAGACGAUUACUAGGCCUGGAGACCCUCGGGCCUAGGGGGGAGGGCCCUGCACGCCGCCCCUCUCCUCCUCGCCACCCUCCCCCCACCCCCAGUCCUGCCUCGCCUCGCCUCGCCCAGCCCGGAGCCGCCGCGCUCCCCUCGCCCCCGGAUCGUCUUCCUUACCGGUCCCGCCGGUUCUCUCCCUCAUCUCCCCCGUAGUGCUUGUCUUUGUUCCGGGAAUAGUGCUCCAGUUACCUGCUGCUGGGGCUGGGGCCGCUCUCAGAAGUGCGCCGCCUCCGACUCUGGCCAGCCCCGGGACUCUCCCCUGCUCAUUUGAACUGUGUCCUGAGCCCCAGUUUUGGGGCCCCGUUAGAAACUGGUCCGACUACGCACAGCCCUGCCGCCUGUCAGGCCUACUUCUGCCCAGAGACCUACGCUGCCACCUGACCACCGUCCAUCACGUUCCAGCGACAGACCAAGCAAGCCUUUGGAGAUAAGGACCAACCUAGAAGAUGCCUUAGUCGGCUACGCCUCCUGGACAUUGAUUGGAACUGCUCACCAACCCCCCCCCCCCGAAGGGGCUAAUCUUUCAACCUGGUUAGUUCCCUUACUCCCAGAAGCCCUCUCCUGCCCCACCAGAUUGCUGCAGGGCCCUGGUGUGCCUGGCAGCCAAAUUGUUGCCGUUUCUUUUCUCCCAUGCACUAGUUUUGCACAGCUGUCAAUUUUCUUUCAGAACUGAAGCAAUCCCACAGAUGUGUGCAUUUGGACAAAAAUACUAAAAACAAAACAAACAAAAGCAGGUACUCAGCGUAGCUCCUCAAUACUACCUGGAAAAAAGCAUUUGCGUUCUUUUCAAUAAAUAUCAAGCACUACAAAAAAAAGUGUCUUUUAAUGGUUAAGUGCUGUCCUUGGCCUCUGCCACUCUCGCCCUGAUUCCCACUGAGAUCGGGGAACCUGGUUCAAUCCCAGUGUUCCCCACUGUCUUGUCUGGGCUACGGAGGACAGCUACUGCAGGGUUUUACCGGGAAUCUGGUACUCCCCUCAGCAAGGCAUUGCUUAACGCCCUGGUGCGGGGAGUGUCCUCUGGGGCCUCCAAAGUGGUGUGGGCAAGGGGUGGCUGAGCAGGUGGCCCGCCAUCCCAAGCUGGGAGACUUUUGAGAGUGAAAGGGGCACUAUUAAUAAUUAGACUGGGUCAACAGGCAUAAAUCAGGACACAUACAAUAUUCCUGUCUGUUUGAGCCUUUGGGUUCCUUCCACACUUCCAGGGAAGUUCUGCCCCUUCAACUUUAUAGCCUGUGGAGUUCUGUUGAGUUCAGGCUUCAAUUAACAGCAUACCACGUUGUUUUAAUUCCCCUCUCAGGUGCUUGAGCAAACAAAUCCUAGAUCCUGAGUAAAUACGCCCAUAAUAAACAGAGCCUGGUUUUAACAUUUCAUCCUCUUUGGGCAGACACCAUUAGAAUCCCACCAAUCCAUGUGCCCCAGAUUCCUGCUUAACAGAAAUUGACAAGAUACCUGGCUGUCUCCUGAACCAGACCUUGUGCUGCCAUCUGGGCUAUGCAGAGAUCUCUGUGGGCCUGGAGGGCUCAGAGGUGGCUGAGGAGAAUCUGCAUACCUUUGUGAGGCAAUUACCCCAGAUGACUUUAGUUACUGAAAUGUUAAAUCUGGGAAUCUUGGCUGGGGAGUUUGUGCAGGCUGCCUCUACCAGACAGGAACUGUCAGGAGGAGUUGAGGCUUCAGUGUUCUCAUUCUUACCUAUAUCUGCCCAGAUGUCUUCAUUGUUCAUGCCUGGGGCCAACCGUACCUUAGG